CCCGUUCCAGCAUCCCUCGCCUGUACAUGAUCUCCCAGCAUAUCACCUGCUUGGUGCUUACUCGUGUCACCCUUAGCAUUGCAUCAACACAAGCUGGGAGGUGUUGCUUCCAUUGUCGUCGUUGGCAACAUUUUCAACGGCUCAAAAGAACCUCCAUGAGAUACCUGAAGUCCCAAGUUCGCUGCCACAUUUUUUUCAACAGAACAGAAGAUAGAAAUCCGCAAUGGCUUUCCACCUCUGUAGCUAACAAUCUCGUCAUCUUACGCCUAAACUACUGCACCACUCUCACAAACUAAGGAGACCUGUCUAUGCCACUAAGCUCUAAACUUGUGUCUACACACUGAUAGGAGCUUUAGAUAUGUGGUUAAAAGACACACAACCCUUCCAGAUGUCAACUCUCCUUCCCCAUAUCAUGGCGUGAGGAAACAAAAGACGAGGGAAAAAAAAAGGGGCGAUCCGGGAUUUGAACCCGGGACCUCGUAUAUUCACAACAAAUGUGAGGGUUUUCCCACCCGAAACACGAAUCAUACCUCUAGACCAAUCGCCCGAUUCAAGGAAUGCCAAUGUCGAGUUUUCCAAGGUGUGGGGGAAGAUAAACGAAGAAGGGUGCCCGAAAAUUGGCCUUCAAAAAAAGAAAAGAAAAAAAAGAAAACGUACAACA